UGUGUAUGUAUCUAAAUCCCGAAACGAAAAACAUAGGCAGAUGGCUGGGGAUCUAUGUUGAUGAUUAAUAAUCGUCAGUCAAAUUGAUGGUAGUAGAGGCGAAAAAAGCGCAACAGCAGCAUCAACGGCAGCAGCGACAGCAGUAGGAGUAAGUGGCGAAGAAAACGAAAGCGACAAGUUCACUGGCGCGCGACCAGGAUCACUGUAAUUGUUAAUCGAAUUUAUUGUUUCGGCAUCGUGUACGAGUGAGCAACCGAGCGAGCGAGCGAGCGAGCGAGCUAGCGAAAAAGAAGAAAAGAGAGAGAGAGAGAGAGAGAAAGAGCAAGAAGUCCAUCCGUUCGUUCGAGAUCGGAGAAAUAGUCGAGUCGUGAGAAACAUGGCGUUUGUUUCUCCCGUACGACACGGAAACAUCGCUGUCUGCUAGGAAUCGCAAAACGCUCCGGCACAUGUUCGUCGGUUACCUAUCGAGGAGAGAUAACCCACCUAUGUUACGAGGGUCGAUUUCGUCGCGACAUCCCAACGAGAGAGCGUACACCUCUAUCCGCGACACGCUUCCACGGCGCAGCGCUCGUUGAGACGGCGGGAUCUACGACGAGCAUGAGGACAGGAAUUGUCUGUUAUGCGUCCUGAGAUGCCGAAGACCUGUUGUGAGACGAGCGACAGUGCGCAACAAUGACGUCCCGUAGUUACACGAAAUCUUACACUCGUAAGAUUAAUAAUGUAACAGCCGGCAGUAUACAGUUCGACAAGCUUUUCCGCGAGAACAGCAAUCGACCGUCCGCUGCCAAGUCAGCAGGCACUGUUGGAAAAUGGGGUAUAACAUCUUUCACGUCCAUCAGGAGCACCAAUAUCAAUGGCAGGAGAGAUGAUAUCCAUAACACACUCGGUGCGAAGAAGAUGAAACUCGACUAUGGGAAUCAGAACGCCCGAGUGAAUACCGGCAAGGAUCCGUUCUCCUUCGAGACCGACCCAGACAACAAGCCGGACGCUGCUCCCGCGGUUGUGAAGCCGAAGAAGUUCUUUAAAAGCCGAAACGCUCCACCCGUAGUGGAAGAAACGCGCCAAGAUGUGGCGAUCUAUAGACAAGUACCUGAUUCGCAAUACGGCCGGCCGCGUGUUCCGAAACAACCCCAGCAACAGCAACAGCCACCCCCGCAGCAGCAGCAGUCGCAACAGUCUGCGCAGAGGCAGACAAUUGUGACGAAACUAUCGCAGGCGCCAAUCAAGAAAGUAAUAGAGCACGUACCGCUCAAGAAAGUAACAGAGAAUUUUGAUAACGCGACCGGCGGCGACGCUGGCCCGAAUCGAGAGGAGAACAAGCCGCCGAUCGUACUGAGAAUAUGCAAAGGCACAGCGCGACUCGUCUGCGGGGAUGUGCAGGACACACAGGACACCGUCGAGCCGGAGACAUACCGAAUCUCCACGUCGCUCACCAGCCCCUCCAAGGUAGACAUCGAGCGAAAGACGUCAAACACAUCGGAGACGUCGCUCAAGUCAGACCACCACAGGCCUGUGCGUUCUUCUUCGCACCAGCCGAUCGUCUCUACCAUAUCGAUCCCUCUGGAGAACACCGAGAUGCGCAGGACCACUCGCAGCCGCGCGAAGAACCUACAUCUGGACCUGAGCACGACGACGUCCGCGAUGGCGUCGACACCGGCAUCGACACCGAACUCCCACAGCUCCGGCCUCUCGUUGACGCUGAGGAAGUCCGUCACGGACUCGAACAACACCCUCAUAUCGCACUACGACAUCGUUAAGACUGACUGCGGCUCCUCGUACUCCUCCAAGCCGACCAUCGAGCCGUUGAUCGGACGCGAUCAGCCGCUACCGACCACGACUCAAGAGCUGAUCGAUAUACUAUCAAGUGAUUCUGACACGAGACUAUCGCAGCCACUGCCACCGCCGCCACCACCACCAGCACCUUCACUUACAUCCACAUCUGCACCGGCGCCGGCACUUGCCGCGGCUGCAACAGCACCCACGAUUGUCGUCAGUACUGUGAUGGAGGCUGAAGUAACGCCAGAGGACAUCGCAAGCCAUGUUCAGCAUUGCACCAUAGAUAUCCACACUAACGAAGUUCUGCCUGAGCAACGACAGGAACAACAAGCAACAGCCGUUAUUGACACGCAAUUGGUUGAGCCAGCGGAAGCGGCAGUCGAGCCCGAUCCUGAAUCGGAGCCGGAACCAGCGGUUCCGCGCGUUACCGAUACUGAAGUCGCUGGCGCUAAAGCUCUGGUGGAUCAGGACUGGUUCUCUAGCAGUGACGACAGUGAAGGUGCUAGUGGAAACGCCGAAAGCGAGAUACCGCUGCACGUGACGAGUACAGUCUCGGAAUCACAGGUCUCCAGUGUACCAUCGACGAGUGUACCGAUCAACAAACCCGCCGCCGCCGCCGCCGCGAAGAAGGGCAGCAUUUUCAAGAGUCGCUCGACAGGCGCGACGAACGGCAACAAGAGGCGAGCGUUGUACAAGCACAAGUGGUGCGACAGCGAUAAGGAGUCCAUUGUCACGGACACGCCUGUUGCUGACAACAGCACACCCACUACCGCGUCCAGCUCUAGCAGCGCGGGAACCUCGGUGUACGAAGAAGAGUUCGAUCCCUCGCAAUUGACGAGAGUCGUGACUUACCCCACAACCGACAUCGACUUCGAGGACGAAGCAGAUGCAAUCACGAGUGUUCGUUGUGGUAGAAAAGUUAAAGGGUUUUAUACUGUGGUGAAAAAUGUAAAGAAAGCUCAUCAGAUACAAGAGAGCGGUGAAUUCCAAGAAUUUAAUGACGACGUGGAAUAUAUCUUGGAUACUUUGAGAGAAAAUAAUCCAAAUGCUACUCGUUGCCUUUCUGCCAUACGCCUAGCAAGCAAAUGUAUGGCUCCUGCAUUUCGUAUGCACGUGCGUGCCCAUGGAACAGUUGCCAAGUUUUUUAAAGCACUUCACGAUGCAACUAAAGAUCAGAGUCUCGGUCUGUGCACAGCAACGGUGAUGUUUGUCUUAAGUCAAGAUCGCCUAGCUAUGGAUCUAGAUCGUGAUUGUUUGGAAUUAAUGUUAAGUUUGUUAGAGUCUGAUGCCAGCCAUAAGGACGCUCUUGACGAUUGUGGUCUGAGUCAUGCUGAAUUAUUAAAAAAUAAGGAAAAAGUGCGCCAGUUGUGCGCCGAUAUCCAAGCUCAAGGACAUGCUAAGCAUCUAAAUCUAGAUAACAUUACUGUUGGUCAGCUUGCUAUGGAGACACUGUUGAGCCUUACGUCAAAGCGCGCUGGAGAAUGGUUUAAAGAAGAACUACGAGAAUUAGGCGGUUUGGAACAUAUUGUAAAAACGAUUCGCGAAUGUCAUCGUCAUAUUAACAGCCAGGAUAUUUUAAGAUCUGGCUGGACAGAUCCUUUAUUAGAUAAAUUACGUAAAGUUGACAGAUGCUUACGUGUAUUAGAAAAUGUAACUCAUAUGAAUGAAGAGAAUCAGGUGUAUUUAUUGAAAUAUGGGGACGGAGUAUUAGUAAGCACAUUAGCUAGUUUAUAUCACUUUUGUGGUCGAGAGAUUCCCAUUUAUCCAACCAUGGAUACAAGUGACAAAAGUUCCACUGGUGCUGUUGUUAGAGAAUGCCUUUUUGCUAUUAUUAAAGUUCUGAUCAACCUCACUCAUCGAUUUAAUAGACAAUCCUUUGGUAGCAAGUCGAUCGGUUCUCAAGUUGGUGUUUUGGACUGUAGUUUAUUUCUUUUAUUACGUGUUCCCGAAUCACUUCCAGAAGAAAAGCGGUUCGACAUGAUGAUGUUGGCAUUAAUUCUAUUGAUAAACCUAGUAGAACAGUGCGAUGAUAAUAAACAACUUCUUAUCGACUCGAGAGCUCCUCCAUCGUCAGAAAAUAUUUUUGACGGAGAAAGCGGAGUGGAAUCCUUAAUCGAUUUAUUUUAUAAGCAAGAAGAACUUGCACGUGCUGAGGAACAAAAAACUGACGCCAUCUUAGACGGAAAGAAAGAUUCUGAGCAAAUAGAAACAGUAUCGACUACUACUAAAUCUCAGGAAGAAUUCAUCGAAGAAACUGUCACAAAAUUGUUGCAAAAAGCUGGCCGACAUAUGGAACACACUUUGAUUGGAGCGUAUGUCGUGCUUUUACUUGGAUACUUAAUAAUGGAUAACAAGGAAUAUGAAUCGCUAGUACGAAGUAGACUACGAGACAAGAGUUUCACCACUAUGGUCUCUGUACUUCAAAAGUUCUUCAACUUCAUGAAUCUGACGGCAUCGAAUGAAGUGAGUAGUUGCGGAAUCGCUGCUACUGAGAAGGUAAUUAAGUUCCUAAAAAUGUCAGAUGCCAGAAUCGAGGAGGAGAACGAGUUACCAUUACCAGCAUUAGAAGACACCAAUACAAUGCUCGACUUAACCUCAUCUUGAUUGACAUGUCAUGCACACACCUGACAGCAUUUUUUUUCUAACCUGGCGUAUGCGAAGAGCCAAAGUUGUACGUGUCCAACGGAAAAGAAAUUAUUCUCUGUCACGAUGGACUUCUGUUUCAUAUUCGUAUAUUUUGAUACAUAUUUAUUCACUUACGUAAUUUAUUGUAGGUUUUCAUCACUACUAAUUUGGCUAAAUUCUUCAUUUACGAUAACGAUAAAUCAUUUCAUAUUUUAAUUGAUUUUUAGAUAUAAGAUAAUGUAAUUUGAAUGAACGUAAAAACACGUCUGGUAUGAUUGCAGGGCACUUAUCGUGAUUACACAGUGUUUAAUAUCAACAAUAAUUUAAGCUAACAGAUAGCUACUUUUUUUUUUAAAGUUCAGACUAUCAAGAAGCAUGACACUGAGCUUCUUGCCAGUCUAGAUGAUUUAUUUUCUGUAUAUGAUCUUAAUAUUGUACAAUCAACAAUUUAAAAUUAUAUCUACGUUUUAAAAACUGUUAAGUAAUUGAUACUGCACUAGGAUGCGUUAUAAAUCGCUAAAAUUCAACAUAGCAUUAUGUGUAUAAGUUUAUUUUAAUAUUAAAAUUAUAUUACCAUAUAAGCCUUGUAAAUGUAAAUUUAUAAAUUAUAAUUGUACCUUAUA